AUGGGAAGACCAGACUCAACAAAUACUACAAACCUUUUAACUUUAAGGAAAGACAGUCCAUAUAGAAAGAGGUAUUCUAUUAAUCUUAAUUUGAUUUAAUUUCUAGAUAAGCAGUAUGAUUAUCGGUAGAUCAAGCAGACUAACCCACUUCUUGGAAUGGAGGGAUUACAAGAUUGUGUUUAAAAGGUAAUAAUUGCUGUCUCUUAAAAUAUUAUUAGAUAUGCAAGUUUGUAUUUUGCUGCUGGAAUUGAAAAGAAUGAUAAUGAACUUAUAGUUUUAGAUAUUAUACAUCAUUUCGUGGAGACUUUGGACAGAUAUUUUGGGAAUGUUUGUGAAUUAGAUUUGAUUUUCAACUUCCAUCAAGCAUACUUUAUCCUAGAAGAAAUAAUUAUUGGAGGAUUCAUUAUGGAGUCAAGCAAAAAGUAGGUUCUUAAAAUGAUAUAAUAGAAUGAUGCAUUAAUGGAUGAAGCAUUUUUUAAAGAUGAAGGUUAGGGAAAAAAUUAAAAGGAAGAAUCUUCAAAGGGUUAAAAGUAGUGA